CAAAUCAAUGGACCCACCUAACACUAUACUAACCACCGUCCGAUAAACAAAAGUAUUCGAAUCAGACGGUGAUAAUCGCUCUGAUGCAGAACUGCUGCGGUGCUUCGUCGUCUCCCCCAAAGAGAACGAACCAGAAACAAAAACCUUCUUCUCAGUCCUUUAUCUCUCUUACCCAAAUUUCAGAGGGAAAAAAACAAAACAAAAAUAAAAACUUUUCGCAUAAUCGUGCUCCCAUUCAGUCCCAGAUCGAGUUUCUUCAGCUCCUGAAUCCUGUGCCAUCAAAGUUACGAUCUUUUAUGCGUUUCUGAAUCAUGGAGAGUGAAGGGAAGGAACCCCACAUUCAGAAUAGUGGUGGGGAAGGCGAAGAUACAGAGCCCGUUGAGCUCGUUCUGUUUCAAGUCUCUGAGUGCUACGUCUACAUAAUACCUCCAAGAAAGACAGCAUCUUCUUACAGGGCUGAUGAAUGGGAUGUCAAUAAAUGGGCUUGGGAAGGGAUAUUGAAGGUUGUAAGCAAAGGAGAAGAAUGCAUCAUUAGACUUGAAGAUAAGAAAACAGGUGAAUUAUAUGCUCGAGCAUUUUUAAGAAAAGAAGAGCCGCAUCCUGUGGAACCAGUUAUUGACAGCAGCAGAUAUUUUGUUCUUCGCAUAGAAGAGAAUAUAGAUGGACGACUCCGGCAUGCUUUUAUUGGCAUAGGAUUCCGAGAAAGAACAGAAGCUUAUGAUUUCCAAGCUGCCUUGCAUGAUCAUAUGAAAUAUCUGAACAAAAAGCAAACUGCAGAAGAGAUGGAACAGCAUUAUCAGCAAAGUUCCUCAGUUGAUUAUAGUUUGAAAGAAGGCGAGACUAUUGUACUCCAAUUAAAGAAUAGUAAAAGUGGGCGCAGUGUGAAGUCCAAGUUUUUCGAGCAGAGUCAGAGCAACUUCUCAGAAGAAAAGGGUGGAAAACCAGAAUCUACUCUUAGCAUUAAGUUACCACCACCGCCUCCUCCGGGUCCACUUUCGCCUGCGGCAACCAUACAAAAGUCACCGACAAACUUACCUCCAAAACUCAACCUUGAGAAAACUUCUGAAGUUGAGGCCUUUAAAACAGAAGACACACAUCAGAAUUCCGCUGAAGACCAAAGCACACAGGAUAUACCGGAUGAUGAUUUUGGCGAUUUUCAAGCAGCUGGUUAACUUACCUAAUGCACAGUUUGAGUUUGUGAUGAUGACUAGGAAACGAUACGAAAUCGUGCACUCGAUGUUCAUCUCGGACACACAUGGAAUGCUGAUUCAGCUUGGAGACUCAAUUAUGCCCUUCCAAACUUGGAUAGAUUAAACUCUCUUCAUAGCCAACAAUAACUAUCUUUGUGAGUCAACUCGUGAUGUGUAAUUGGUGGUUGUUUAGUUUGUGCACUGAGCUGCUAUUAUGAGAAUUUUCCUUCUUCUUGGUCA